AAAAUCAUGAGUCAGAGUGAUGAUCCAAAUGAAAAUAGUUUAUUACAAGAACCAAACCAUCAACCCAUCUUAAAUUAUGGUGCAACAUCUGAUAGAAGAGUUCCUAGUCUCAGUGCUGUAGGUCAACCACUUCAUGCGGACGGUGACCAUUACCGAUCGAAUCGAUCAUCUACCGAUCCUACCGCAUCCACUGUUAAGCAAAGAUUUAAAGCAGCAGCACAUGUAGUAUCAGCAGCCCAAAGAAUCGUAUCAGGUUCAAGUUCAACAACCAAUCAUCAAAUACCAACCCAAAGAAUCCAAUCAUCUUCAUUAAGAUAUCAAUGGAAUUCGAUUGGAUCCAUGGAACCUGGUGUGAAUGCAAAUCAACCACAACCACAACUUUCUCAUUUACUUAAAACAUCUGUUAGUGUAGAUUUAGUAGAUUAUUCAGAAGAUCAAGUGAAUUUUUUGAAAUUUAGACCUGAUUGUCAACAAGAACUUGAUCGACUUAAACAUUCACUUCAUCGGUCUCGUCCUAGUUGGUCUCGUGUACGAUGGAUCAAUGUGAAUGGUCUUAAUUGGGAUGUGAUUAAAUUAUUAGCACUUCAAUAUCAAUUACAUCCAUUAGCAGUAGAAGAUUGUGUUCAUACUUCAGCACGUUCUAAAAGUGAAUAUUAUAAACAUCAUUUAUUUGUUCAUGCUGCAGUUCAUACACUUGUUGAUGAUCAAUCAGAUGGUUCAUCAAAUAGAAUCAAUACUACUAAUAGCUCUACUAAGGUGGAUACGGAUGAUCCAUUAGAAAAUGGAAAUCUUAUUGAUCCAGAUCAAGAUCCUAGUAAUGUUGAUAAUCUUAAUGAACCUCAUCAUCUUUCGGGGAAGCGUCCAGCUCCAAUGGCUAUGAUGGAUCUGGGUACUGUAACCGGUGGGUUAUCAAUGGCGGGUAAGGAAGUCUUUGAUGCAGAACGUGAGGUUGUACGUCGACUUACUAGUGAAUACAAACUACGAAUCCAUGCUGAAAAGCUUUCAAUCUUUCUACUCCGUGGUGGUACAUUGAUUACGAUCUUUUCACACGAUGGAUCUAGGACGGUGGUCCCUUUACUCGAUCGACUUCGUUCAUCUGAUACAUUAUUACGUUCAACAUCUGAUGCUUCAAUGCUUUUACAAGCCGUCUUAGAUUUGAUUGUAGAUCAAGCAUUAGAUGUGGUAGAAGCUUUUCGAUCUAGGCUUACCAGUCUUGAAGCUGCAGUCUUGGUCAAUCCGAAAUUAGACACUGUUCGUCAUCUUCAUGUACUUUCAGGUGAACUUUUGUUGCUCAAGCGCACACUCACACCACUUUCGAGCUUGGUACAUCGGAUUCGAAACCAUGAUCCAAGUGAUGAAAGGAUCACAGGUCGAUCUAAGCCUGUUAGAGGCUCAUCAGCUUCUAAUUUAGAUGAUCCCACAUUCAUCACUAACAGUAGUUCAUCCAAUUCCACUGGAUUCAUUUCCCCUCAAGCUCGAGUUUAUCUUUCAGAUGUUUUGGAUCAUAUUGAUAGUUUGUUAAGUUCUUUAGAACUGUUUAGUGGAUGGGCAUCUAAUUUAGUUGAUUUCACUUUUAAUACGAUGAGUUUUUCGACUAAUGAAUCAAUGAAACAACUUAGUAUUGUGACGAUUAUCUUUUUACCUUUGACUUUUUUAACGGGGUACUUUGGAAUGAACUUUGUGGAGUUUGGAGCUAUUCAAGGAUCAGAUCUAUUUUUUUGGAAAUUAGCUUGUCCUAUUACGUUUCUUUUGGUACUUAUGUUUACUUAUUCAAAGGUUUUAAGAAGUUUGGUUUUACAAAAGAAUACGCUUAGGAUGAAGAAUUGUUAGAGGUUUAUUCAGCUUUUCACCAUGACUGUUUUCUUUUCAAGAAGACGGAUAAUUUUCUCAUUUUACUUAACUUUAUAAAAUGUGUGUAUGAUUCAGAACGUUGUGUCUUCACACUUUCAGAUUGUCUUUACUUAAAGUAUUCAGAAAUACCUUUUCCGGGU